UUUACCUCCAAUAACCAUUUAUUAAAUCUCCCUCCAUUAAAGUCGGGAGCUUCCAAGAGCCGGGCGCAUUAAGCCUGAUUAUAGUGUGCCAGUAGGAGGAAACAGGGUCUAUGUGUCAAGCUGGUCGUCGAAUGAUUUUUUAUCCCUCACCGACGUCUAUCUUGUCAGUUAAGAGACAGUGAGCUCAGAGAGAGAGAGAUAGAUAGAUAGGGAUAGAGGGAGCGAGAGAUAGCAGCAGUAGUAAAGUGUUUGUGUGAGAGAGAGAUAGAGAUAUAGAAAGCACAGAGAUGAUCCUUUGACUGUGAUAGAGGUUUUAGCUGUGACAUUAGUACAGUGUGGUUGUGAAAGGGCAAAAGGCUCUUUGGCUACACAGGACAAACAUGAGUCUAUGAAGACCCGGCAGCGAUUAAACACAUGGAGAGGGGAGGACGGAAAACAGGAGGCUCUUUCAAACAGACCUCCAUCAAUCGCACCACCUCUGGCUCUCAGAAGGGACAGAAAGCCUGGGUUGAACGGACCUUUCAGAAAAGAGAAUGCAAUCACAUUUUCCCAUCAAAAGAUCCAACUCGGUGUGCCUGUGGAAAUUUGCUGACUCAGCAUGCCGCAAUCCCAUCUGCUGCUGUCACCAACAAGCCUGCAGUGGACAACCUGCUGGUGCAGGUGGACCCGCCUCAGGAAAAAUGGACUGUGUCCAAACACACGCAGACUUCCCCCACGGACGCUUACGGCACCAUCGAGUUCCAGGGAGGAGGAUUCAUCAACAAAGCCAUGUAUAUCAGGGUGUCUUAUGACACCAAACCAGACAACCUGCUGCACCUCAUGGUGAAAGACUGGCACCUGGAGCUUCCCACUUUACUCAUAUCCGUUCAUGGAGGCCUCCAGAACUUUGACCUGCAACCAAAACUCAAGCAGGUGUUCGGAAAAGGACUGAUCAAAGCUGCUGUUACGACUGGAGCCUGGAUCUUCACUGCUGGCAUUAACACAGGGGUAAUGCGCCAUGUUGGAGAUGCACUGAAAGACCAUUCCUCUAAAUCCAGAGGCAAAGUCUGUGCCAUAGGGAUUGCUCCAUGGGGAAUUCUAGAGAGCAAGGAAGAUCUUAUCGGACGAGACGUGAACAAACCUUACCAGGCGAUGUCCAAUCCACUGAGCAAGCUGGCCGUGCUCAACAGCAGCCACUCACACUUCAUCCUGUGUGAUAACGGCACAUGUGGGAAAUACGGGGCGGAGGUCAAACUGCGGAGGCAGCUGGAGAAACACAUAUCUCUGCAGAAGAUUAACACCCGAUUAGGCCAAGGAGUGCCACUCUUGUGUCUGAUUGUGGAAGGAGGUCCAAACAUGAUCACUGUGGUGUUGGAAAGUUUGCGUGAGGACCCGCCCGUGCCUGUGGUGGUGUGUGACGGAAGUGGACGUGCCUCAGAUAUCAUCUCCUUUGCUCACAAACAUUCACAGAAGGGAGGAAUAAUAGGUGAUGAUGCCAGAGACCAGCUGCUGGUCACCAUUCAGAAGACGUUUAGCUACAGCAAGAGUCAGUCCCAGCAGAUCUUCCUCAUGAUCAUGGACUGCAUGAAGAAAAGAGAGCUGAUUACAGUCUUCCGAAUGGGAGCAGAAGGACAGCAGGACAUUGAAAUGGCCAUUCUGACAGCUUUACUAAAGGGCACAAACGCCUCAGCCCCAGAUCAGCUGAGCCUGGCUCUGGCCUGGAACAGAGUGGAUAUAGCACGCAACCAGAUCUUUGUGUAUGGACACAACCUUCCACCGCCGAGUGCAGUGGCCAGUGCUACAGCCAUCACAGCGGCAUCAGUGAAGGAGAAGCCGAAGGAAAAGCCACAGGGAAAAGGAAAGAGCAGAGGGAAGAAGGGGAAGGGUGGGAAGGCCAAGGCAGAGGUUCCAGAAGAAACAGAUCCUAGGAAAUUAGAACUACUCAACUGGGUGAACUCGUUAGAACAGGCGAUGAUGGACGCACUGGUCCUGGACAGAGUGGACUUCGUCAAGCUGCUGAUUGAAAAUGGGGUCAACAUUCACCACUUCCUCACCAUCCCACGCCUGGAGGAGUUAUAUAACACAAAACUUGGGCCUGCCAACACUCUGAACGUCAUAGUUCGAGAAGUUAAAAAAGGGAACCUCCCACCAGACUAUCAAAUCACUCUGAUUGACAUCGGCCUGGUGGUGGAGUACCUUAUCGGUGGAGCCUAUCGCUGUAACUACACAAGAAAAAGCUUCCGCUCUCUCUACAACAACCUUUAUGGCCUGAAAAGGCCUAAAGCCCUCAAACUUCUUGGCAUGGAGGAUGAUGAACCAAGGCCAAAAGGCAAGAAGAGGAAGAAAAAAAAGGAAGAGGAGGUGGACAUUGAUGUGGACGACCCUGAGGUCAGCCGUUUCCACUUCCCCUUCCAUGAGUUGAUAGUGUGGGCAGUGCUAAUGAGGAGGCAGAAGAUGGCCCUGUUCUUGUGGCAGAGGGGAGAGGAGGCCAUGGCAAAGGCACUGGUAGCCUGCAAGCUCUAUAAAGCUAUGGCCCACGAGUCUUCAGUCAGUGAGCUGGUGGACGACGUUUCCCAGGAUCUGGAUAACAACUCCAAGGAGUUUGGAACUUUGGCAUAUGAACUUCUGGACCAAGCCUACAAACAUGAUGAGCAGGUGGCCAUGAAACUGCUCACAUAUGAGCUAAAGAACUGGAGCAACUCCACCUGUCUGAAGCUAGCUGUGGCUGCCAAGCACAGAGACUUCAUCGCCCACACCUGCAGCCAGAUGCUCCUCACUGACAUGUGGAUGGGCUGCCUGAGGGUUGGCAAAAACCCUGGACUCAAGGUGAUUAUUGGCAUCAUAUUUCCACCAUCAAUCUUACUACUGGAUUUCCGGCUGGGUGAUGAUGCACACCAAGUUGAUGAUCGUGAAGAAGUCAAGGAAAAGGAUGAUGACAACAAAUCUAGCAGGGAUGCUAAUGCAGAUACACACUCCAAGAAGGGUGAUGAAGAGGAAGGCAGCAAGAAAAUGAAGCGUGUGCCUAUCGGAAGAAAGAUCUAUGAGUUCUACAAUGCCCCCUUCACCAAGUUCUGGUUCAACACGAUAUCCUACCUUGCGUAUCUGAUGCUAUACAAUUACAUUGUCCUGGUGAAGAUGGAGCGCUGGCCAUCGAUGCAAGAGUGGAUAGUCAUCUCUUACAUUCUAACACUGGGCGUGGAGAAAGUUAGACAGAUCCUGAUGUCGGAGCCUGGUAAACUAAAGCAGAAGAUCAGCGUGUGGCUCGAAGAGUACUGGAACAUCACUGACCUGGCGGCCAUCUCUACGUUCAUACUGGGUGUUCUCCUCAGACUGCAGCCAGAACCAUAUAUGGGCUAUGGCAGGGUUAUCUACUGCGUGGAUAUCAUCUUCUGGUACAUCCGAGUGCUGGAUAUUUUUGGUGUCAACAAGUACCUCGGACCCUACGUAAUGAUGAUUGGAAAGAUGAUGAUUGACAUGCUGUACUUUGUGGUGAUCAUGUUGGUGGUCCUGAUGAGUUUUGGUGUAGCACGUCAGGCCAUCCUGCACCCUGACGAGGAGCCCACCUGGCGUCUGGCCCGAAACAUCUUCUACAUGCCCUACUGGAUGAUCUAUGGAGAGGUGUUUGCGGACUCAAUAGACCUUUAUGCUAUGGAAAUAAAUCCCCCCUGUGGAGAAAAUAUGUAUGAUGAAGAUGGAAAGAAACUUCCACCCUGCAUUCCUGGUGCCUGGCUCACUCCAGCCAUCAUGGCGUGCUACUUGCUAGUGGCUAAUAUCCUCCUCGUCAACUUGCUCAUCGCUGUGUUCAACAACACCUUUUUUGAGGUGAAGUCCAUCUCAAACCAGGUUUGGAAGUUCCAGCGUUAUCAGUUGAUCAUGACUUUCCAUGACAGACCAGUGCUUCCUCCCCCUCUCAUCAUCCUCAGCCACCUCUACAUCCUCUUCAGAAAGAUCUGCUGUCGCUGUGGCAAGAAAAAAGAGGGGGAGCUGGAUGAGAAGGACAAAGGACUGAAGCUGAUUCUGAAUGCUGAGGAGCUGAAGGCUCUUUAUGAAUUUGAGGAGCAGUGUGUGGAAGAGUACUUCAGAGAGAAAGAUGAUGAGCAGCAGAACUCAAAUGAUGAAAGAAUACGAGUGACAUCUGAAAGAGUGGAAAACAUGUCCAUGCGUCUGGAGGAGAUCAACGAGAGAGAGAACACCAUGAAGGCUUCCUUACAAACAGUGGACCUUAGGUUGGCCCAGUUGGAGGACAUCCACUCUCGUAUGAUGAAUGCUUUGGAGAAGCUGGCAGGGAUUGACCAUGCUGAACUGACCCGGACGAGGUCAGGAGCUUCUUCGGUAUGUGGCCCGCCCUGUCUUCUGCGCACCAGCAGCAUUAACAGUGCUGAUGGGUACAGCCUGUAUCGCUACUACCUGGAUGACCUCCCCCCUACUGAAGACAAAGAGGGCAGCAAAGCAGGUCAGCUAGCUCCAAUGAAGCAGGGGAGGAUGAGUAAGGCUCCAAGCAUCGCAACCCUUGGUCCCAAGGAGUAUGGAGCAAAUAUGGAACUGGAGGUCCCAGUUUUCAGGAGCCGUCCACCAUCAUGUGUGGACAUCCGAAUUUCCCCUUGUGAUUCAAAGCCGCAAGGUCUUGAUCAGGCUGGAGAGACUCAAACAGAAACACCUAUUCGCUCCAUUCCUGCUAAUCAAGCUUACCAGGAGGUCUCUGCAGUUAAAAGAGACGUAACGCAUGAAAGAGCUAAGCUUGAAACUGCCAUCUCAUUCCCCUUAGAAAAGGUAAAGGCAUUCAGAUACUAUCCAUCAGAGACGCUAAGCACUUCACCCUCUUCAACCCGGAAGUCUCGAAGCACUAUACUGUUUGACCCCGCGGAUAGGGACGAAGAAAUGCAGCAGGUCAAAGAUCCCAACUCACAAGAGCAAAGGACUGAUGGGUCCUCAAUCGUUAGAAGAUGGAGUGCUGGCUAUGAGUACAAGGUUCACCCCAGCCUUUUCGGUCAGACGCCUAAAAUAUCAGUGGUCAGAGGUCCAGAUGUACAACAAGAUGAAGCAGAUCAGUCUGAGGGUCAGCACACACUACAAAUACCAUCCAUGCACUUGGAAGAGAGACGGCCCGAGGAGAGACCCCCAGGAGGCCCACCCGAGAAAGGCCAAGAAGAGCAGUCUGAGGAUAAUCAAGAGGACAGAAAGGAGAACGGCCCAGAUGAAAUUCUAAAGACGGAGUGCGGUCCUGAAGACGCAUCAAAAGACCCAACCAGGAACAAUGAAGAACUGAUGAAUACUGCAGAAGAAGAGAAGAUGUACUUAGAUGAUGAUGUAGAUAACUCUUGUCACCUUCAGAUUCCCGAAGAGAGAAUGUUUCUGCCAGCAAGAUCCAAAAGCUGGAACAAAAAUCAGCGUAAAGCCUUGGGGGAAACCAUGGACAAGCCACGUGGUUCCUGCAGUGAAAGAGACCUCACAGAUGUCAGUUCUUUCGACAAGGGUGAUAAAACAUCUGAAAAAGAACAGGAAGAUGAGGAGCCCAAGAAUGAAUUAGAACUGACGGUGGCAGACAAAACACACUGCUAAUUACAGAAAGGAAUGAAAUAGACAUUCAAAUAAAAAGAACAUUGUAACACAAUUUUCAUUCAUACAGUUAUCUUCUCCAAGACAUAACAUUUAUAACAUCAUUUCAGAGCAUCUUAUAGCAUUGAUAGACUCGCAACAUUAUGUUUGCUUCCUAUGUAAGGGAUCUUUUUGAUGUCUCGAAAGCAGUGUUUUUCAACCUCAGUCCUGGAGGCAUCCUCCCCUGAAUAUUUAUUUUCUUUCUCUUCGCAAAACAGCAGAUUUAUCUGAUCACAUAACUAACAAAGAAUAGUAGGGUAGUAGGGAAUGUGUUAAAGCAGCUAAACCACUAAAAUGCGUAGGGCAAGGAGCAGAAUGCCUUAAGGAUCAGGAUUGAGAAACACUGCAUUAAAGACAUAACUAAGGAAAUAUGUCUGUUGUAUAGUUUUUGCUUUACUUAUAUACGCUGCAAACAAAUACUUUAUAUUACCAAUGACUAUAUAUAUUUAGCAUGGAUGUCAUGGGUCCAUUCCCUUCUGUUCUGUAGAAAUGGUGCAAAAAGCGGAUUGUUUCACUGGAUACCCAGUUUGUCCAGAAAGUGUACUAUUUCAACAAUAAACGUGCAGUUCAUGUA